AUGGGCAGUUGCACAUCAGCAAUCGGUUGUCAAUAUGAGUAUAUUAGAUCAAUACCUUUUGCACUCAAACUCAUUGAAUUCGUUUGUGAUCUACUUGCAGUAAGUUUGUGUGGUGCUGGACCGACUCUUGAUGAGGGUAACGGACGUCGAGGCUUUUUUUUAUUUGUUUCCAUACUGGCACUUAUUAUAACAGUAGUACUAUUGAUUCUAUGUCUAAUAAUAAAUCUAAAAGCCAUAUUUAAUUUGCACUUUUGGUUAAAACUGGAGUUUGGUUGGUGUGCAUUUAUUGCUUUAUUUUAUUUUAUUGCAAGUAUCGUUAUUGCAACAGCUGGAAAAGCGAGUGGUCUUUAUGGCGCUGCAGCGUUCUUUGGCUUUGCUGCUUUUAUCACUUAUGUAGCCGAUGCAGUUCAUAAGUUUAUUCAAUUUCGAAAAGCUCCACUUGAAGAGCGAUAUGUACCAAAUCCACCGUCGGGAAACCCUUAA